GUCGCCGGAGUUUCCAGCCGUUUCUUCCCGAUUCUCAAACGCGUCGCCGAGAAUCGGAAGAGAGGGAAAAGGGUAUGGCUCCUCAUGGAGAUGAAUUAAUUGACAUCGAGAAACCUGAGCUUGCUCAAUCGGAGAUUCUUCGACCGAUCGCCACAGUCGUCUUCGUCAUCGCUAUGCAAGCGGAGGCUCUUCCUUUGGUCAACAAGUUCGGACUCUCUGAAACUACUGAUUCGCCGCUUGGUAAAGGAUUGCCCUGGGUUCUGUAUCACGGCGUGCAUAAAGAUCUUCAAAUCAAUGUAGUUUGCCCCGGAAGAGAUGCAGCUUUAGGGAUCGAUAGUGUUGGAACUGUUCCUGCUUCUCUCAUAACUUUUGCUUCUAUCCAAGCAUUAAAACCUGACAUUAUAAUCAAUGCUGGAACCUGCGGUGGCUUUAAGGUUAAAGGAGCCAACAUAGGCGACGUAUUCCUUGUAUCUGAUGUUGUGUUUCAUGAUAGAAGAAUACCAAUUCCGAUGUUUGAUCUGUAUGGAGUUGGUCUUCGUCAAGCAUUCUCGACACCCAAUCUCCUCAAGGAACUCAAUUUGAAGAUUGGCAGGUUAUCUACUGGUGACUCGUUGGAUAUGUCCACGCAAGAUGAAUCAUUGAUCAUUGCCAAUGAUGCUACGCUAAAGGACAUGGAGGGUGCUGCUGUGGCGUACGUGGCUGAUCUUCUGAAAAUACCAGUCGUGUUCCUCAAAGCUGUGACCGAUCUAGUGGACGGAGAUAAACCUACUGCAGAAGAGUUCUUGCAGAACUUGACAGUUGUUACCGCUGCACUAGAGGAAACUGCCACUAAAGUGAUCAACUUCGUCAAUGGGAAAAACCUUUCAGACCUUUAACUUUCGUCUCUUCUUUUAUCGGAGAGUGAUUUUUUUAAAAUGCUAUCAACGUGCUUGUUGCAGUUUCACUGAUUUCCAGUGAUUAUAUUUCUCGUUAAUAAAUUUCAAGUUAUAAG